AUGGGAUGUCGUGUAUGCAGCAUUAGGUUGAACUUCGGCAAGGCGCUGUCCAACGUGUCUGUCUUCUUUAUCAUGCUUUUGGUUUUCAUGUAUUUAUUCUACAGCCUCGCCGGAUUCUCUCACUCCUUACCGAAAGGCACGUUUGAUCAGCAGACCUCCGUCAGCGACUAUGAUGCUCGGGAUGACUUUCGAGAUAAUGUCAGAUUUUCAGAAUAUUCACGGGUCGCGCAUCCUGUACGCAACCGAACGGACUUUAUCACUGGCCUCUCCAGCGCUUCACCUAAAUUUGCCUGGCAAGUCAUCGGUCACUCGCAGCAACAGAUGAUGGAGAGGGCAGGUGCUGGUGAGACUGUUCCCAGGAGCGCAAUGCCUGUAUCUAAUUCAUUUGGAUCCAAGAAAUUCCCCCAAGCCAUCAUCAUCGGCGUCAAGAAGGGUGGAACUAGAGCACUUCUGGAGUUUCUGCGCGUCCACCCUGAUGUCAGAGCUGUUGGCGCGGAACCCCACUUUUUCGACAGAUUCUAUGACAAGGGGCUGGAGUGGUACAGAAAUCUAAUGCCUCGCACGCUGGAGGGGCAGGUGACCAUGGAAAAGACGCCCAGCUACUUUGUGACCAAAGAGGCGCCGCUGCGGGUCUGUGCCAUGAACUGUGACGCCAAGCUCAUCGUGGUGGUGCGGGACCCGGUGACCAGGGCCGUCUCCGACUACACCCAGACCCUCUCCAAGAACCCCGGGCUGCCCUCCUUCCAGAGCCUGGCCUUCCGGAACGCCUCCUCCUCCAGCCCGGACGCCAUCGACACGUCCUGGAGCGCCGUGCGCAUCGGCCUGUACGCUCAGCACCUGGAGAGCUGGCUGCGCCACUUCCCGCUCUCGCGCUUCCUGUUCGUCAGCGGCGAGCGGCUCGUGGCCGACCCGGCGGGCGAGAUGGGCCGCGUCCAGGACUUCCUGGGCAUCAAGCGCAUCGUCGGCGACAAGCACUUUUACUUCAACCAGACCAAGGGCUUCCCCUGCCUGAAGAAGCCGGAGGGGAGUGGACGCCCCCGCUGCCUGGGCAAGUCCAAGGGCCGGCCACACCCCCUCAUCCCCCCGGAGGCUCUGCAGAAGCUCAGGGACUUCUACCGGCCAUUCAACCUGAAGUUCUACCACAUGAGUGGCCAAGACUUUGGCUGGGACUGAUUCGUGGAGGACUCGGAGGACACAAUCUCAUCAUCUGCAGCAUUAUAAAAGCUGAGGUACUCCAGGAAGCACUCUCGUACUGUGCUGUUGUGCUGUUGUUACCUUGUUGCUAAUGAUGAAUCGUUGUUGAAAUAUCAUCAGAACAUGGAUCACUUGAUCAUCACUUACACUGGAAGGGCCUAAGAUGUUCGUAUUCCCACGCAAGCUGUUUCAGGCUGAGGCCAAAGAAAUGUUGGUGUGUGCUGUCAGGAGCACAGGUGACACAGCUUGCUCUGCGCAUAAAGUCCCUUUGAUCAGCUGUUUGACUGAAGGUGUCAGGGUAUUGUGAAAUCUCCGUUGUACAGAUCAGAGAGCUGCAGCUUUAACACAUUUCGGCGUUAGAUAAUUCAUUUGUGUGACAGAAUGCACCAGAAUCAGUGAGGGGGGGACCAGGAGCGAACAGGAUGACAUGACUUGUACUCAGCUGCACCGAGUGGCUCCGUGAGCUGUGUGUCAGUGUUGUCAGAAACCACUUGCUUCUCAAAUGAUUAAUGUCCUUCUCUCACGUUCUUUUUUUGCCCUCCAUGGGAAAUACUUUGUGAAAGCUGUUCUUUCCAGUGUUCAGGUACUGUAUGUAUAUAUUGUAGCUGUACUGUAGCUGUUGCUAGUUCACUGUCAAGAACAAGUCUAUGUUUUUGAGAACAUGUAUAAAAUCCAUGCAACACAUUUUUAUAAACUCCAUAAAGAACAUUGCCAAGUGUCUGAUCAAUUGUAUUAGCCUCUGUUAUACGUGUAUGAGUGGUGUAAAUAGGAUGCAAAUGUCCUGUUCAGCUGUGCAUGAGUAGAAUUGCCUGUUAU